AUGGCAGCCUCCUGGCGACCAAAGUCCAAAUUGACUGCGGAGGUCCAGCUUCAUGUCUGCGGAUCACGUUUCAAAUUGGACAAGGAGCUCCUGGCCUCGAAAUCGUCGAGGGUUUCAAAACUGCUCCAAAGGAAUCCCCAAACGGAUCUCUCGGAAGCUCUCCACGACAUCCCCGCCGACCACCAAUCCAUGGAGAUCCUCGGAAGAUUCUGCCACGGAUUCACCAUCAACCUCUCGCCGGACAACAUCGUCCGCGUCGCCUGCGUCGCUCACUACCUCGGCAUGUCCGAAUCCCACUGCUCCGACAACCUCCUCGCGGCGGCCACCGCCUUCUUCGACUCCCACAUCCUCUCCAGCUGGACAAAUUCCGUCAAAGCCCUCAAAGCCGCCGAGAACGUUCUAGAACACGCCGUCGAUCUCGGCCUCGUCAGCUGCUGCGCCGAUGCCGUUGUCCGAAUGGCCGCCGCCAAUCCUCGCCUCCUCGGAGAACCUAUAAUGUCUGGCGCCGACAACGAGAGUUCUUACCGGCCGAGCGCGCGGCGGAAGCUCUUCGAUAGCGAGCGGGUGUCGGGGGACUUAGCCGAGCUCUCGCCGCGGCUCUACACGCCGAUCGUCUGCGAAAUGCGUAGCCGCGGCGUCCCCGACGAGUAUGUUGCGGCGAGCGCGUGCGAUUACGCUGAUCGGUGGAUUUUUCACGACAAAAAAAUUGACGGUGAUUCGAAUUUUCUUCGGCGGGAAAUAAUCGAGGGUUUGGUGCGCAUCGUCCCCGAUCGGAAAUCUCUCGUCCCGUCAUCGUUUCUUUUCCGAAUGCUGAGCCACGCGAUCGUCCUCGACGCGGAGUGUCGACCCGCAUUGGAGACGAGGAUCGCGCGGCAAUUGGACGAGGCGGGUCCCGAAGAUCUAUUAAUUCUAUGCCAAGAGUAUAACAGAGCUAAAGUCGAAAUCAGAACUACCAGAACUACUGAUGAUCAAGGGUACAACAUAGUCGAAAACAGAACUAGUGAUGAUCAGUAUAACACCGAGUGUAUAUGGAGGAUAUUGAGGAGCUUUUACCGCAACUACGCGGCAGACGAUCGGCGCGGGCUAGUUGCGGUGUCGGAGCUAAUCGAUGGGUUUUUGGCGAAGAUCGCCGGCAAUGAGGAAUUGACGGCGGAGACGUUUUCGGCGCUCGCCGACAUGUCGGCAGCGGCGUUGUCGGGGACGCGUCGGACGUCGGACGGGCUAUACGGCGCGAUAAAUACGUACCUUGACGCGCACCGGGAUUUGUCAGAGUCGGAAAAGGAGGAGCUUUGCAAGGCGCUCGAUUGCGACAAAAUGUCGGACGCGGCGCGGGAGCACGCUGCACGGAACGAGCGGCUGCCGGUGCGGGUGGCGGUGCAGGUGUUGUUCGUUUCGCAGCUGCGGCUGCGGGAGGCGUUGCCGGAAAACAGCGGCGGCGGCGGCGGCGAUGGUGGCGGAGUGAGGGAGGAGAUGGAGAGGAUAGAGAGUAAGGUGGAGAGGCUAGAGAGAGAGUGUGGAGUGAUGAAGAGGGAGAUUGAGAGUGAGGAGAGUAGUGAGAGAAUGCUGAUGAAGAAGAAGAAGAAGAAUAAGUUUAGUAUAUGGAAAGCUGUGAAGAGGAAGUUGGGAUGUGGAGGUUCUUCUACUGCUGCUUCUUACUCUUCAGCCAUGGCGGAUGAGUGUCACGUGAAGAAGAAGAACAAGUGUGUUCAUCUAAGGUAG